AGUUCGCUCAACACUGAAUAAUUAAUGAAUCAUCCUAAAGGAGAGCUUAUUGGAAGCAGCAAUGAAGGAUUUGUGGACUUGCGGUUUCUUUUUGUCAAAAGAGCCAUACAAUGAAGUAGCCAUAAAAUGCUUUAUGUGCGACAGCUUGUUUUAUACCACACAUCAAUUUCAAAAACAUUUGGCGCAAAAACAUUCGUAUGAAGAAGAUGAAGAAAUACUUAAGCCAGCCUCAAGACAAAAUUCUAACUUACAUGAAGAUUUGCCUUUAAAACUUUCCAACACUGAGACUGAAACAAUGCAAUUGGAAGAAGAUGAGAUAAUACAAGAGCUAUAUUUUGAGGAAAAUCUGAAAAGUCCAAUUAGUGAAACUAUUCUAGAGCCGGUAGACACAUUAAAACAGCUGAGGCCUUGCAAGAAAUUGAAUAAAGGUGGUUUAAAGGCUAAGAAAGAAGGUUCAAUGUGUGAUAAAUGUGGAAAAAUAUUCAAGGAGCGCUGUCAGCUUCAGAAUCAUUUACGCGUAGCACACGAUAAAUUGCGUCUUUACCUAUGCAGCAAGUGCCCCAAGCGUUAUGCUCGAUUGACCCACUUAAAUGACCAUAUGCGUUCCCAUUCACAGCAGCGAGACUUUGUCUGUAUCACAUGCGAUAAGACAUUCCGGCGCUCUCAAGAACUGACCCGCCACAAGCUACGUCAUCAGCAGGGGAAAAACUACAAGUGCUCGGAAUGUGAUGCUAAAUUUCGUCAGCACUCUGGACUUUAUCAUCAUUUAAAGAUUAAGCAUGCCAAGAAGUAGGCGACUUGGUAAUGGAGAGCAGCGGAAGAGAGGCUUGUAGAUUGGUAUAUUGGUAUGCGUACGCUUUUAUUUAUGGUUAAUGGUAGUUGAAUAUAAUGUCAAUUUUUUCUUGGGUACGUAAUGAGUACAAAUAUCAAGCAAAUCGAAUCAAACAUUUUUGCAUUGCAUGCAUAACAAUUUUUUCACUUUUUUUUGUAUUU